GUGCAGUAAUUAGGAAGGCUUGGUGGCUCAUUCAGGAGCUCAAGGCAAAACCAGAGAACUCUGCAGAGAUAGUUUGCUAGCAAUUAUAAGGAGGACUUCCUUAAUUUAGGAGAGUUUUGUAUGACUGGAUGUGUUUUUAAAAGAUAUGCAGUAAUUCAAACAGAAGUCACUGGCUUGAUGCAGAAAUUACUGGAUGAGCUUAAAGUGUAUGAUUUGGAUCCACUCUUCCCCAAAGCAUAAGGGAUCUGUCACUUCCAUAAGCGACUCCUGUUUUGAGCAUCACCAGUCUCUUUCAACAAGAAGUGAUUAGAGUACCUGAUAAGAGGAAUUUACCGAAGGUCAACAAAUCCCAUUGAAUACUGUAGAAUGACAUAGCUGAAUUUCACAGGAAGCCAUUGAGCAGACACACUGGAAUGAGUGAUCUGGAAAGAACAGCUUAAGAAAACAGAGUAAAAAACUGCAUAAGCUCCUGAAGAGAAAUCUAUUGCAGAGGUCACGUCCAGUUGGACCUGAUGUGGAAACAUGAUUGGUAAAUGGGUGCUGUAGCCAAGAGACCCACUCUAAAAAUGGGGUGACUUGCAGGAUUCCAGUCUGAGAGAAGUGCGUAUGCUGGGUCUGUCCCUUGAGAGGGGUGCUCAAGGAAAGACCGAGGAUCAAAGGUACAGCUAACCCUGGAGCUGUGACAGCAGGUCUUGGAGGUUUCCAUAUCACAAAAUCCAAUUUUCAUCCUCCUUUUCCUUCUGAUUAUGGUGAAUAUAAAGCUCAAAUUCUGCAGUGUUACUCAUUGUGACUUUGAAACUGUGGCAAAUCUCCUGAGUGUUACUAAGAUUGAUGGGCUAAAGAAGCAUGGCGUACUUUUGGAAAAUGCCUUUGACGCAAGAUGAGUUACAAGAAGGACAAUCUGAGGACCAAGCGUCUUACUCAAUGUAUCAUUUUAAUCCUGAUAGCCAGGUCAGUCUAGGAGUUGAUCAAAUAGUUGGUGAAGGCGGCAGUGAAAUACCCUUUUAUGGUCCAGCAUAUUCAAGUGACCUUGAAGAAAAUGAGUUUUUCUUGGAUGCAGCAGAAGAACAUUUAUAUGGAGUAAAUCCACCUCAAAUUCCUCACAGGGAUCUUUACUUUGGAAGCCCCACCUCUCACUGGCAGCAAGUCAGGGUGCCACCAACAAUUGGCUUCAGACCUUCUUUGCUAUCCGGAUGUAGUGACCUCUCAGUUGAGAAUUCCUACCCCACAUACCCCAUUGGAACACUUUAUGACUAUUGUCCACAUGGAAGAAAUAACUUGAGUCCAACUGCAGAUGAAUUUGGGUCAGAUGUGGAGAAAGAGAAUAAAAAUCUGAAUUUCUAUAUAGGCUUUGAACAUAUAGACUAUCAAUAUCCCGUUUUCUCAGAUGACAAUGCAAGCAGACAAGAAAUGAAAGAUAAAAGGAGAAAUGACAGUAAAUCUUUCCUCAUGAGCUCUGGGGAAACAUACUUAACAAACCUUCCUAGAGAAUUGACCACUGGACCUGUCUGGCCCAGCGUCAGCUCUGCAGACAGCACAGAGUUUGCAGGUUGGUCUAUCCAGCUGGUUGAAGUGGAUCAAGGGAGUAAUGAAAGUAUUGCCUCCUUUUGCAAUGGAGUGAAGAAAAUCAGAGAUGCAUAUCCUGCUUUUGAUUUGACAACAAAUACUGGGAAGAUUUGGAGUGUCACAACAACGUUAUCAGAUGAGAUCCUUUGUAAAUCAAAAUUCAAAGUUAGCAUUUUGACAAACUGUUCAUCUCCUCCACUGCAUCUUACACCAUGUGCUAGCUGUAUUGUCCGUAACUUAGCUGUAGAGAUUCUCCAUUGCACAAAUCAAUAUCCAGCCCAGGAAGAAUGUUUUCUAAGUGUUUAUGGGUCUGAUGAAUUUUUGCUAAAUGAUCACGCUUUGGGCAGUCAUGAGAGUCUUCGCAAGGCAACCACCUCCAUUCAGCUUCGCCUACAGAAAGGCACCCGCUAUCAGCAAAGUUUGGCUCGAACGCUUGAAGAUGACCAAAGUCAGUUUAAUGUGAACCAGCUGCUACAAUAUACAUGUAUUUGGAAGGUGUCCAGGAAGAACCUUGUUACAUUUAUUAUGAAAUAUGGAGGUCAAGUGGAAUAUCUACUGCAAAAUGAGCAUAAAGUGGAUAAAGUGAUUGAAGAAGUUAAAGCAAUCUGCAGCGUUCUCUGUUCUGUGGAAACCAGGGCUAUUACUGAUGCAGUCAAGAAACUCCGUUCAGUGCCACUGGGAAAAACACAGAAUUCACUUCAAAACGUAGAAACUCCAGUCAGAGUCUUGAUAGAGAAUGCUGUGACAGAGCUGUCUGCAGCCAUCUCCCAUCUCAUCCAUGUUUUCAGCAGCAGCUUUCACACAGAUUUUCAGCCUGCAAAAAUACUUAGAAGCCCUUCAUGUGCAGAUGUCGACCUAGAUCCCCACUUUAGCUUCACUGUUUAUGCAGCCCACAACAUCCCAGCAGCCUGGCUGAAAAGCUACAAGCUCUUCUCUUGUUCCUGUUCUUUAACUUAUGGUGGGAAGAAAAUAUGUCAAGUGAAGAACUGCAAAAAUAUACCAGUUAAAAAGUUUUUUUUCCCCCUGGCAAACUGGAAUGAGAAAAUCAACUUCCCUCUACAAAUAAAAUCUCUUCCUAAUGAAACAAUAUUGACAAUAAAACUAUUUGGAGUAAAUAGUGUGUCUAAAAAUACAGAAAUACUGGCUUGGACAUGUUCCCCCUUGUAUCAAAAACUAAAGUUCAUUCAUGGAACCGUGCUGUUUAGCAUGGCAUUGUACAGUGAGCCUCCAACAACCAUGAUAGCUCCGGGCAUUUGUGACGCUAGUCUGCCAGCACUAGUGACACUGCAGGUUGACUUUCCAGAAACUAAUUUGGAGUUUAUUAAACCUGAGCCCGAAGAGAAAAGAGAUGACCUGGAAGAGCCAGCUAAAGAGUGCUUGAAGCAUAUAGCAAGACUUUCACAGAAACAUUCUCUCUUGCUGUUGUUGGAGCAAGAGAGAAGAUUUUUAUGGUUUUAUCGUUCCUACUGCAAUAAUGAAAACUGUUCCCUUUCUUUGGUACUGGGCAGUGCCCCCAGUUGGGAUCGAAAGAGCAUAUCAGAAAUGUACACGGUGUUGAGGGAAUGGAGCUUUUCUAACCCUUUGGAGGCACUUGGGCUUCUGACUUUCAGUUUUCCAGAUCAAGACAUUCGCAGAACUGCAGUCCAACAAAUGGAAAAUCUGUCAAAUGAUGAAUUGUUAGAAUACCUCCCACAGCUGGUUCAGGUGAUCAAGUUUGAGUGGAGUCUUGAAAGCCCUCUUGUGAAACUUCUGCUAUGCCGCUCUCUGCAGAGCAUCCAAGUAACUCAUCGACUUUACUGGCUGUUAAAGGAUGCACAGAAUGAAGCUCAUUUCAAAAGCUGGUAUCAGAAACUACUAGCCGCUGUCCAAUUCUGCGCAGGAAAAACCUUAAAUGAUGAGUUUUCUAAGGAGAGGAAACUUAUCAAAAUUCUGGGAGAUGUUGCUGAAAAAGUCAAGGCUGCCAGUGAUCCCAAAAAACAGGAGGUACUAAAGCUGGAAAUCAACAAACUUAAGCAGUUCUUCCAGGAGGUAAAUGUUUGCCGGCUUCCCCUGAAUCCUGCACUUGUUGUACGAGGCAUAGAUGCAGAAGCAUGUUCGUAUUUCACAUCCAAUGCUUUUCCAUUGAAAAUCUCCUUCAUCAAUACAGAGACACUGAGUAGAAACAUCAAUGUUAUUUUUAAGGUGGGAGAUGAUCUACGUCAGGAUAUGCUGGUUCUGCAGAUUAUUCGUGUGAUGGACAGAAUUUGGCUUCAGGAGGGACUCGAUAUGCAAAUGAUCAUUUAUAAGUGUUUAUCUACAGGAAAAGGCCAAGGACUAGUACAGAUGGUGUCAGAUGCUACAACUCUAGCCAAGAUCCACAGGGAGUCUGGACUGAUAGGACCACUGAAGGAAAACACAAUUAAAAAAUGGUUCAGUCAUCAUCAUCCUUUGGAAUCAAGUUACCAAGAGGCAAUAAAGAAUUUCUUUCAUUCCUGUGCUGGCUGGUGCGUUGUUACCUUCAUUCUGGGAGUCUGUGACCGACACAAUGACAACAUCAUGCUGACAAACACUGGCCACAUGUUCCAUAUAGAUUUUGGAAAGAUUUUAGGUCAUGCACAAAAAUUUGGAAGCAUAAAAAGGGACCGAGCACCUUUUAUCUUCACUUCAGAGAUGGAGUAUUUCAUCACAGAAGGUGGAAAAAACCCACAGCGUUUCCAAGAGUUUGUAGAACUUUGCUGUCGAGCUUAUAAUAUAGUCAGGAAACACAGCCAAUUGCUAUUGAACCUGCUGGAGAUGAUGCUGCAUGCAGGAUUGCCUGAGCUGAACAGCGUCCAGGAUUUGAAGUAUGUGUAUGAUAACCUUCGUCCACAGGACUCAGACCUCCAAGCCACAAGCCACUUUACCAGGAAAAUAAAGGAAAGUUUAGAGUGCUUCCCUGUCAAACUCAACAACCUAAUCCAUACACUCGCACAAAUGUUAGCCACGGGCUUUGCCAAGCCUACAGAUUCACAGAGUGUUCCUCGGGAAUCCAACAUGCUGGAUGCAGAGAGGUCAAUUGCCCAAGCAACCAUUUUAGGGUUCAGCAAAAAGCCUGACUCUCUAUAUUUAGUCCAGGUGGUGCAAACCUGCCAGGUGGUCACCUUUGUGGAAAAAUCAUUCGAACAAUUUUCAAAACUUCACAGCCAUCUACAGAAGCAAUUUCCAUCACAUACCCUCCCGGAGUUUCCUCACUGGUGGCAUUUACCUUUUACGGAUCUUGAACACAAAAGAAUGAAAGACUUAAAUCUCUAUGUGAAGCAGUUGUUGAAUGGAUCCAGCAACCUGUCUAAUGAGGUACUGCAAACUCAGACUUACUAUGUAACUAAAAAUUCUAGAAUUAAAGAGAAUUGGACUACACUCAGCUUUCUGACUCAUAAUGAGCAUGUCCUCAGCUUUUUCCUCGAUGGGUCCAAAACCGACUGGCCGGAAGAAUCUGCACUUGUUAGCCUAGGUCCUAAAUCUACUGAACAGAAACCUGGAGUGCAGUUAGUCAUAUCCUAUGAGAGCACCCACCUGACAAUAUUGUUGAAACAUAUGAGGAAUAUUCAUCUCCCAGAUGGCUCUGCCCCAACUGCACAUGCUGAAUUUUAUCUUUUACCAGAUCCUGAUGAAGUCAGCAGAAGGAAGACGAAAGCAGUUCCAAAAAGCACUGACCCUACUUAUAAUGAAAUUGUAGUAUACGAUGCAGUGACCGAGCUCCAAGGACGUGUGUUACAGCUUAUUGUGAAAAGCAAAGGAACAUUUGUGGGAGCUAUCAACAUUCAACUGAACAGUGUCCCAUUAAAUGAAGAAAAGUGGUACCCAUUGGGGAACAGUAUAAUUUGAACAUUUCCUGUAUAAUCUGAACAUUUCCUUAGAUAACUGAAAUAUUCAUUUAUUAAUAUUUUUUCCCUUUUCUCAUGGGCCAUUUUGGCACAUUAGCCGAAAUAUUUGCUUUUGAGAAUAUAACAUGCAGUAAACCGCUAACCAUAUAUACACUGAACUACUAAUCACAAGGAAAUUAUCUCUUUUUCAUGAUCCAUUGCCAUUUAGCUAUCUUCAUGGGAUUACUACCUUUACUUGCAACAAGUUCCCAUUAGCCUGGGUGUAAAAAGGCUUGCAGCCUGCAAUUUCAGUUAUCUUGGAUAUCAUUUCUUAUGGCAACAAGCAAGAUUUUUGUUCCUGCUGAUCACUAUUAUUUGUAUACGGCUAGAUGUGUUUUAUGUAUCCCUAAAUCUGUGAUGCUGGAGCCUUAUCCAAAGCCCAUUUAAGUCAAUCGUAGUUUCCCAAUGACUUAAAUAGGCUUUGGAUCAGUCCAAUAAUGAGCUUAUUGGGCUGAAUUCACUCUACUUGAUGUCUGUGUAGUUAUAUCAGUUUUAAAUAUGGCCCAGUUAGUACGAUCGCACGUUCACCUGACUGAUAGCCAGUUUGUAUUUAAAACUUCUAGCACAUUUCACAUUUAAUUCUUGCUCAUUUCACAUUUAAAAUGUAAUUAUAUAUGCAGAAUUUAAAAUCUGAACAUUUAAAAGAAUUUAAAACUAUACUGUACUUUAGUUAUAGUGUAUACCAUAUAUUUUUAAGUUUUAAUUUGCUGAUGUAACGUGACUUUGUAACUUUAAGAUCUGGGGCAAGAUGUUUCAUCUCACUGGGUUUAU